AUGGCGGAUAUUAUUAUUAAUUUCAAAAUAGAAAUCAUUGGGCCUAGUGGUCGCAUUCUAUAUGCUUGUGAAAACAAAAAUGUAACUUUUAGUAGAGUUGAUGGCUCAGACGGAGGAAAAGCAGUUGAAAGAUCUCGUAUAGUGCAGGACAUUUUAGAAAUGAAUAAAGAUACUCUGUCAAUUCGUUGCUACAUGUCUCGUGUAGAAUCCAUCGAUGAUAGUUCUUUGAAUUGUUUUACUCGAACUAAGAUAAUUGUUAAUCAUCAAAGCCUUCGAUUGAGAUGGACAAUACUUAAUGAACUAAAAACACUGUUUGAGCCAGACGAGGAAAACAGGGACAUUACGACUGAAUUCGUUCAAUUUCCAGAUAUGAAUAAAUAUAAACUCUGUUUCGUCAAUUCUAAUGAUGGCGUGGUAAUAAGAAUUAUUGGUCACUGUGUUUCAAGUCAAUGUGUCGAAUGCAAAAUUAGUUUGUUAGAUGUCAAUGGCUGCCAAGUACUCUCGAUAAAAGACAGGUAUCAGUUUUCAGAAGACGAUGAUGAUGAUGAUUCGUGGAUAUUGCCUACAUUUCUCACCUUCAAUAAUCUGAAAGUUAACCGAAGCAAAUUUAUUAAAAACGGAAGCAUGUGUAUUUUAUGCGAAUUAUUUUGUUUUGGAGGUAUAGAGUCGCAAGCAGUGUUUUAUGGAAAUCGCGAAAUAAAAUUGUUAGCUAAUCACAGUGAUAAUGCUAUUACUAACCACUCUUUACAGAGUGAUAUUCGAAAUUUAUUUUCUGAUAAAAAUUUCUGUGAUAUUAAAAUCCGAGGGAAUGAUGGGAUUGUAGAAGCUCACAAAUCAAUACUAAUAGCUCGGUCUCCAGUAUUUCAUGCCAUGUUCCAACAAGAAAUGCUUGAAACGCAAACUGGGAUAGUGGACAUUCCAGAUGCCGAUAUUGACACUCUUAAUUUUUUUGUGAAUUUUCUCUACUCUGAUACCUUGGAAAAAAUAGAUUAUGAUCGUCUUAAAAAAUUAUUAAUCCUUGCCGAUAAGUAUGAAGUUCGUCGCCUGAUUGAAAUUUGCGCAUCCUUCCUAAGGUGUGAUAUAUCUGAGCGAAACGCUUGCGACAUAGCAUCACUUGCAAAUAUGUUCAACCAUACAGACUUGAAAUCUUUUGCUCUGGAUUUUAUUGUUGAUCAUCACACGGAUAUUUUCAACCAGCCAGAUUGGUUACCGUGGACUAGGUAUAACAUGGAACUAGCGACCGAGUUUUUAAUUAAAUAUGCUGUUACUUUAUGUAGGGGUCCUACACUGGAUCAAUCAUAA